ACAACUGUAACUUGACGUGUUGUUACACAUGUCUUUGGCUGAGUGACUGAGCUUUUCUCCGAGAUCUCGCGCACUUCUCUCUGCAUUUAACCAGGAACAACAUUGAAGGACGGAAAUAUAACUUCUGUAGAACUGUCAUUCCCUUUUUGGAGUGUAAGCCUCGUAAGUCGUAAGUAGUUGUUGUAGCCAUGGGACAGAACCAGAGUGGGCAAGGCGGAACUGGCGCGCCUAACGACCAGAAGAAGGAUCAGGAAAAGAAAAAGAAAUACGAGCCUCCUGCUCCCCCACCACGGGUGGGCAAGAAGCAAAAGAAGCGAGAUACGGCCGCAAGUCUCGGGGCUAAGCUGCCAACAGUAUACCCGACAGCGAAAUGCAAGCUCAGACUCCUAAAGUUGGAACGCAUAAAGGACUACCUCUUGAUGGAGGAGGAGUUUGUGCAAAAUCAGGAGCAGCUGAAGCCCCAGGAGGAGCGAAAUGAGGAGGACAGGUCUAAGGUCGAUGAUCUCCGAGGGACACCGCUCAGUGUGGGCACACUGGAAGAGAUCAUUGACGAGAACCACGCAAUUGUGUCCUCGUCAGUGGGCCCGGAGUACUACGUCUGCAUCCUGUCGUUCGUGGAUAAGACUCAGUUGGAGCCGGGCUGCUCGGUGCUGCUGCACUAUAAAAGCAUGUCGGUGGUGGGCAUCCUGAGCGACGAGACGGAUCCCAUGGUAUCAGUCAUGAAGGUCGAGAAAGCCCCCCUGGAGUCGUACGCUGAUGUGGGCGGUUUGGAGGCCCAGAUCCAGGAGAUCAAGGAGGCGGUGGAGCUGCCACUGACCCACCCGGAGCUGUACGAGGACAUCGGGAUAAAGCCGCCCAAGGGAGUCAUCUUGUACGGUGACCCUGGCACCGGCAAGACGCUGCUUGCCAAGGCGGUGGCCAACUCCACGUCAGCUACCUUCCUGCGUGUGGUGGGCAGCGAGCUCAUACAGAAGUACCUGGGUGACGGGCCAAAGCUGGUGCGGGAGCUGUUCCGAGUCGCGGACGAGCUGGCACCAUCCAUUGUAUUCAUUGAUGAGAUUGAUGCCAUCGGCACCAAGCGCUAUGAAGCCCACAGCGGCGGGGAGCGAGAGAUCCAGCGCACCAUGUUGGAGCUGCUCAACCAGCUGGAUGGCUUCGAUUCCAUGUCGGAUGUGAAGGUGAUUAUGGCCACCAACCGUAUCGAGUCCCUGGACCCCGCGCUCAUCCGCCCGGGCCGCAUCGACCGCAAGAUCGAGUUCCCGCUGCCGGACGCCAAGACCAAGCGCCGCAUCUUUGGCAUCCACACCGGCCGCAUGACGCUAUCAGACGACGUCAACCUCGAGGAGUUUGUCAUGGCGAAGGACGAGCUGAGCGGUGCGGACAUCAAGGCGGUGUGCACGGAGGCAGGACUGCUGGCGCUGCGGGAGAGGCGUAUGCGGGUGACUCAGGCGGACUUCCGGAAGGCGAAGGAGAAGGUGCUGUACAAGAAGAAAGAGGGCGUACCGGAGGGUUUGUACAUGUAAAAUGGUUUAUAAAAGGGACGCGGUACUCGCCUCCCUGUCAAUUAUGUGGUAGGAUAUAUAUGCGUGUCGGACUGGUUUAUUGUACUCCGGUGUUGUACUAACCCAUCGAGCAGAAGAAAAUUGCGAAUGGGUCGUGGAGCGCGGCGAGCACGAGCACUUGCUGCGAUUGGUGCUACAACGGUCGGGUGGAGGCCACUGCUAUGCUGGUUUCCUGCUGUGCUGGAGGGGACAAUUGCAUGUGUACGCGGCCGAGGUUUAAUAUGUCGAUAAUCGACAAAGGCUCUGAAGUAGGCUCAGUACGACCGCGGAGACUUCGUUAUUGACUUGGUUAUUAUGUCAGUAUCUGCUUAGGCCAGAUUUUAGACCAGGUGCGUGUGCAACUUUGGUUUGCCCUCGCGGUGUUGGCUGUUGGAUACGAAAAAGUCCAACCUCCAGUCAUUGUGUGUCCGACAGCUUAACGGAUUAGGGUCUGUAAAAUGCAACCGCAG